CAGACGGACCGGGAGGACGGCGCCGGUGCUCCUGUCUGGGAUUUACCUCUCCUCUCCGUCCUGCGGUGGUGGACCCUCCAGGAACCGCAGCUCUCCUUCCCUGGACAAUGUUUCUCCUGCAGUACACAGGACUCAACCCUCUGCCCUUUGACCCAGCGACCAACAACGACCCUCUACAGUUCAACGGCUCUAGCGGGCCUCUGGUGACCGAGUGUCCUCCUCUGGAAAACUCUGCAGAGAACAGCAAGAAGAGGAAGAGAGCCAGCCUGCCUCCAGAAGGGAUCUGCAACAUGACGAUGGACUCUAACUCCAUAACAAUGCCAAUGUCGGACCCCAACGUCUGGGCAACAGCUAUGAACAACCUGGGGAUGCCUCCAAUUGGAAUGACCGGACAGCAACUCAUGCCAGAUUUUGACCCCAACCUGAGUAUGAUGACUGGGAUUACCCCUCUGAAUCCCCUGAUGCCCGGCCUCAGUAUGGUACCAGCUCCCCUCUCCCAGGACGUCCCACUUGUGAAGGAGAUCAUCCACUGCAAGAGCUGCACGCUGUUUCCACCAAACCCUACAGAUCUUCCUCCUCCAGCCAUGAGAGAUCGACCUCCAGGGUGUAAGACGGUGUUUGUCGGGGGUCUGCCAGAAAACGCCACGGAGCAGCUCAUCAUGGAGGUCUUUGGACAGUGUGGAGAUAUUACAGCCAUACGGAAGAGCAAGAAAAACUUCUGCCACAUCAGAUUUGCUGAAGAGUUCACUGUGGACAAAGCUCUCUUUCUAUCAGGUUAUCGUAUCCGGUUGGGCUCCAGCACAGACAAAAAAGACACGGGUCGCCUCCAUGUGGACUUCGCCCAGGCCAGAGACGACCUCUAUGAGUGGGAGUGUCGACAGCGUAUGUUAGCCAGGGAGGAGAGACACAGACGAAAGAUGGAGGAGGAUCGACUCAGACCGCCGUCCCCUCCUCCCAUCGUCCACUACUCCGAGCACGAGUGCAGCCAGCUGGGAGACAAGAUCAAAGACGACAGCAAGUUCCCCGAAGCGGUGCGCGUGCUCCUGACCUGGUUGGAACGAGGCGAAGUCAACCGCAGGAACGCCAACAACUUCUAUUCCAUGAUCCAGUCGUCCAACGGCCACAUCCGCCGGCUGACAAGUGAGAAGAGUCAACAUGAGAAGGAGAUGGAGGAGGCAAAAGAGAAAUUCAAGAGCGCCCUGGCACGCAUACUGGGUCAAUUUGAACAGAUUGUGUCUGUAUUCCAAGCUGCUUCCAAACAAAAGGCAUGGGACCAUUUCUCCAAAGCUCAGCGCAAGAACCUGGACAUGUGGCGCAAGCAAGCCGAGGAGAUCAGAAACAUGCACAACGAGCAGCUGAUGGGCAUCAGGCGAGAGGAGGAGAUGGAGAUGGAGAUGUCUGAUGAUGACAUUGAGGACAUGCCUGACAGCAAAGACUCAGAGGACUCAGGCGUUUCUCAAGCAGAGGCCUUGAAGGAGGAGAACGACUCCCUGCGCUGUCAGCUGGACGCCUACAGGAACGAGGUGGAGCUGCUCAAACAGGAGCAGAACAAGAACCAACCAAUGAGGAGUGAGGAGGACAGCACGCAUUCUCAGCAGCUCUGCUUCCUGCAGCAGGCUCUGCAGGGCAUGCAGAAGCAACUGUUGAAAAUGCGAGAGGAAAUGAAACAGCGCGAGGCAGAGCUGGAGAAAAGCUCUGAGGACAAACAGCAGCUGGAGAGUCAAGUCCAGACCCUGAAGGAGGGGCUGCAGAACCUGCAGAACACUCAGGCAGUGCAGCUGGAGACGUCGAAGCAGGACGACAGAGGCGGUGAGGAGAGCGCUAAUCGAGCCAGUGAAGCUACAGCAUCUGCCGUGGUGUCCUGCAGUCAAGAGAAAGAAGGUCCAACAGAGAAGAGUCCAUCGAGUCCGGUCUACUCUGAGAGAGAAGCUGUCCUCGUUGGGAUCAUCUCCACGUUCCUGCACGUCCACCCGUUUGGAGCCAGCAUCGAGUACAUCUGCUCCUACCUGCAGCGUUUGGACACAAAGAUUAACCCCGGUGAGGUGGAGGCUCUUCUCUCCCGGCUGCCCUGCACCUUCAGACAGGAGCUGACCGGCGUCGGGGCCAGUCUGGAGAAACGCUGGAACUUCUGCGGCUUCCAGGGCAUCAAGAGCACGUAGACUCUGCCGGUGACACUUCUGGGACGUGGAGGAGACGACAGACAAGGCCGGACGUGAUGGACGCUGCAGAGACAUGAAGGACAGAGUACAAAAACCCAGAGCUAUCAAAGACUGUGGACUGUACCUGAGUGUUCGGGGCACACAGACAACUGAGGAGAGCAGAAGGAUGUUACAUGAGCGUUUCGGGGACUCUGUACAGGCAGCAGAGGCUGAAACAAGCAGCAUCACCAUGGUUACGGGAAUAAUAUCGCCAAAUCACAGCAACUGAGCCUUCAUGAGCGUGGACUCUGAGUGAGUUUCUCAGAGUCUGCAGGUUAUUUUCAGACAUAUCGCCUCUGGGAGUCCCAGGAGUGCACCGAUUUCUACAGUCACUGGAUUAUAAUGCAGUUAUUGUUCACACGAGCAGGACAUCGGACUUUCAGGACCUACACUCAGCUCUGUCGGAGGUUUUCAGUGGUAGCGUUAAAGUCGUUGAAGUUCCAGGACCAACGUACUGAACUGAGCCUGAUGAAAGGACUCAGAGACCAGAUGAUCUGAUCUAAUGCUCUAAGGCAGACUGGAGUGGGGCCUGAUGCUUUUCUUUGUUUGUUUUUUGUAGUUGAAAAAGUAUUUUUUGGGAUGCAAAUUUGCAGAACUUCUUAUUGUUAUU